AUGAACGAUCGUUCGGACGAUCGUGCCGCUUUUGCGCUUGCGCAACUUGAGGACGAUCGCUCGCCUCGUUCUCUUCGUGACGAGCUGACUGCAUCUCGUCAAGACAUCGCUCAACUGCGUGAGCAGGUCGCUUCGCUAGUCGACCAGACUGGCUCGUUGAAACGGGACCACUUGAAGGUGGUCUCAGCCAUUGAUCGCGGAGUGUUCUUUGCUUUUCGAAACGAACUCGUACUGAUAGUACAGGUGGAGACGACCGACAGAAAACGUAGGAUGCGUACGAGUCCUAAGAGGCAGUUCAAUCGUGCAUGCGUUGCCCAUUCGGAGCAACACACACAACGGAUCGAUGUACUUGGGCAGUAA